UCUACCUCCAGAAGGUAUUUAAAGCCCUCUUUGACCAUCGGUCGACGCUUUUGUGUCAUUGUUCGCUCUGCCACCAAGCUGGUAAGCACACGGUAGACUCGCUGUUAAUUGAGUCAGGUUUUGUGCUGGUUUUGCAUUUCAAAAAAAAAAAAAAAGGUAAGGGAGGUGUUCUGCUCGUUGUGUGUGUACACUGCGAACGCCUUCCUGUAGGUUCUUUUGUUUUUGUUUUUUCUCUUUUUGUUUUCGGCUGUGGGUGAGGGACGUUGUCCCCGGUAUGUAUUUUGGUUUGUGCGUUUUCCGGAGCUGCGACUCACGGUUGUUUAUUUUGUUGACCUAGUCUUUUAUACUAGGUUGUACUUUUAUUUUGGGAUCCCCGGUCCGGGGUUACAGGGCUCGCCUUUUAGCCCUCAUUUUGGUUGUGUUAUUCGCCCUGGUUUUUAAGGGUUGAUUUAUUUUCCUAAGCGGUUUUUUGGGGCUAUUUUCUUUUUGAUCAGCGCUGUCUCCGAGUUGUGUUCCGCUCCCUCUGCCUCCCGGAGUUUAGUGGCGAACACGUUCGCGUGCCCGCUUACAAGGGAUUACCCUUAGUCGCGCCUGGCUCUCCGUCAUUCCUCAACCUCAUAUGCAUUUUCUGGUUUCAAUUUCAAACAUUUUAAAUAAGGGUUAGAGUUAUUAAAUUUGUUUUUGUGGAUAUGACAUUUGAUUAUAUCAUAAUUAAUGAUUAGGUUAAUUACAAUUAAUUAAUAGUGUGAAAUCAGAGUCAAUAAUAAAUCUACGUCCUAAGUCCUUCCAUAGACUUUUGGUAUGAGUAUAAUGCCAAAUCAAAUGAAGAAGGGUUUCUGGGAGCACUUCACUACAUUAACAAUUUAUAUUGAUAUCCUUUUUCAACUUUACAAGAUGGUGAUUAUCAACAAUGAACAUUCGCAGUACCAGUCCAUUUCAUGUGGGUGGGUGGGGACAUAGACAUAGACAUAGACAUAAGGAAGGAACCAAUAGGAAGACAGACAACGAGGCGUUGGUUGACAAGUGUAUAGUGUAUAUGAAUUAGUUAUCUUUCAUUCCUUGGCAAUCGGCAAUCAAAAUGGAAAAUCGAAAACGUCCUAGAGAAGAAAUGCAAGUUAUCAACUUUCGAACACCGGAAAAGCGGGUGUCGGACGUUUUGAGGGAGCACAUUGACUACAGGGAAUGGGAUGUUGAAGAUACUUGCAGUUACCUUCGAAGAGAGGGAUUCGAUCAAUGGGUGGACGCGUUCCGAGCGGAACAGAUCACCGGAGUGGGAUUACCAUACCUUGUUGAAUCACAUCUGGAAAAGAUGGGCAUAAAACCCCUGGGCAUGAAACUAAAGAUAUUGAAUUGCUUCAAGAAGCUGUGGCAGAUCUCGACUGACAUCAGGAAGGUUUUCAAUGACCCUAUCCACGGCCAUAUUGAAAUGCACCCUUUGCUGGUGAGCAUUAUUGACACACCUCAGUUCCAGCGUCUGCGUCACAUCAAGCAGUUGGGAGCCGUUUACUUUGUAUAUCCUGGAGCCUGCCACAACCGGUUUGAACACUCUGUCGGUGUGGGCCACCUGGCAGGUCAGCUGGUCCAGGCCCUGAACAAGCGACAGCCUGAGCUUCUCAUUAGUCAGAGGGACAUACUGUGUGUCCAGAUUGCAGGACUAUGCCAUGACCUUGGACAUGGCCCUUUCUCCCACAUGUUUGAUGGAAUAUUCAUCCCAAAAACACGGCCUGGUUUAAAAUGGAAGCAUGAGAUUGCAUCUGUGGCGAUGUUCAAUCACCUGAUCAAGGCGAACAAUCUGGAGCCGGUGAUGAAGCAGCAUGGGCUGGUGCUGCCAGAGGACCUGCUGUUCAUCGAGGAGCAGAUAGCCGGCCCCAUGGAGACCCCUGUCCCACUCAGCCAGGAGCAGAGACCGUGGCCAUAUGAAGGAAGACCAGAAGCAAAAUCCUUCUUGUAUGAGAUUGUGGCGAACAAAAGAAAUGGAAUUGAUGUGGACAAGUGGGAUUAUUUUGCCAGAGACUGCUACCACCUUGGCAUCCAAAAUAACUUUGACUACCAACGCUUCAUGAAGUUUUCACGCGUGUGUGAGGUGAACGGAAUGAAGAGCAUCUGCACGAGAGACAAGGAAGUGGGGAACUUGUAUGACAUGUUUCACACGCGCAACAGCCUUCAUCGCCGGGCCUACCAGCACAAAGUGGGAAACAUCAUUGAAACAAUGAUAACAGAGGCUUUUGUGAAGGCUGACCAGCACAUCCAGAUUGUAGGCUCCAAAGGCCAGACUUUCACCAUCUCCACUGCCAUCGACGAUAUGGAGGCCUACACCAAACUCACCGACCACAUCUUUGAGCAGAUCCUGUACUCCUCGUCCCCAGAGCUGGAUGACGCUCGGGCUAUCCUGCAGAACAUCAAUUGUCGCAAGCUCUACAAGUGUUUGGGCCAGACCCAGCCCAAGAGGCCUGUGCUGGUCACACAGGAUAAGCUGCUUGAUAUGGCAGCCAGCGUUGCCCAAGCUGUGCCCUCCUGUGGAACAGACGUUCUGUCUGGCGGAACACCAUUUCAGGCUGAAGAUUUCAUCGUGAAUAUUAUUAACAUGGACUAUGGGAUGAAACGGAAGAACCCGAUCGAUCGCGUGCAUUUUUACUGCAAAGAUGACCCCACAAAGGCCAUCAAGAUCCGCAAAAACCAGGUGUCCCAGCUCCUGCCAGAGAAGUUUGCUGAACAACUGAUCCGGGUCUACUGCAAGAGGACUGAUCGAAAGAGCUUGGAGGCAGCCAAGAAGUACUUUGUGCAGUGGUGUAUCAAUAAAGAUUUCACCAAGCCAAAGGAUGGAGAUGUGAUUGCCCCAGAACUGACCCCUCUGAAGGCGAGCUGGUGUAAUCGUGAUAAUGAUAAUGAUGAAGAUAAUGAAGGUGGCAGUGUGACGGGGGUUUGCAGGAAUUGUGUCUCAAAAGCAAAAGCAAAACUCUUCAACUAAGGGAAAGAUCGUGAAGAAAUAGUUUCUAUGAUGGAACAACAGUCUGUAUUGUUUUUUCUGUCUUUUCUGUCCAGAUUAUUGAAUUGUUCUGGGAAACAUUAUUUUGUUUCAUUUUUAUACAUUUUAUUGAAUUUUGGUUUUAAUGUAUAUCUGCAGACUUUGUAGUGUGUAACAUGUCAAUAUGAUUUCUGCCAUUUUGGAUUCAGAAUGGCAGGGUUUUUACAAACAUCUUGUGCAUCACGAUAAAUGUCUCAGGUGCUCAAUCUGUACUUGCUUUUAUCAAAGCAACAUGGAGAGAGAUCAUUUCUACUUCUGUAGGGGAAAAUUCACAGAACAAAAGAUCUCCCUCCUAAAAGCAUGAUAAACAAUCACAAGUCAAAAUCAGACUCCACCUUUGUGAGCAGGCUGGUUCCCUCAAGACUCUUGACGAUGUAUGCUAAAAGUGUAUCAAUAUAUCCAUAUUAAAGUAUGUUAUGUACCCUGUAUAGUUUCAAACUGAUUAACUGCUAAAUUGUGCUAGAAUUACACAGUGAACCCAUAUGUAAAGCAGCCAGCUGGCAGGGGGGGCCCCGUCUUGAACUGUGUAGACCAGACAGUCAAGGACGUUGGGUGUCUGAUAUGACUGUACAACUGAUUUCUCCAAAACUCUUAAUGAUUCUUAUAAUCAAUAUCACAUGUACGCUGCUUGUUAUCCAAUCAAAUGAACAUAGAACAUUAAUCUUAUUAAUGUUAGAAGAGAAUAGUAAUCAAAUGUUUAGUAUGUCUGUAUAUGUUCAAUGAUUUACUGCUGAUAAGUUUGUGUUAGAAGAGCAUAAGUGACCCAUGUGUAAUCUAAAGUUGAGUAAAAUAAUUAAUAUGAAGUGGAAAGUACCAAAAAUGAUUAUUAUGCUGCAAAAAGUACUAAAAACGAUCUAUAGGUCGUAGAAGGUUCUGGAAAACACUAUACAGUGAAUAGCACCAUGUUUUACAUGAUUCCUAUGUUAAUGAUUCCAUUUAGUUAAAAAUACAGCCUACAAAGCAAGAUGUAUGUAAUAAAAUCCUUUUUUGUUUUGGAAAUCAAUAGGGCGAUUCGCCACAAUGGUUUCAGAACCAAGAAGGUAGCGCUGCCAAGUCAGCUAAUGGUUUAGGAGGAGUUAAGAUAAGAACAGUGUGGGUGAUUGAAUGAUGUUUUAACGGUGUAUAAAAUGGGUGUAAAAAUGGCAGUCCAGGUCCAUGUUUUUGGUCCGGCUUUAUGCACUUUAUGCUAAAUAAAGUCUGAUUUUCCUGAA